GCGCAUGCCUACUGUCCUCUUUCUGAAUCCUCUGAGGUGGUUGUGAGCGCGCUGCGCGUGACCAGAGCGGCUUCAGUCUUCAGCCUCUGCACAUCUCAAAUUCACGCAUCCUCAAACUUGUCUCAUUACAUUACAUAAUAAGGACGAGUGAUCAUGCGUGAGUGCAUCUCCAUCCACGUCGGUCAGGCUGGUGUCCAGAUUGGCAAUGCCUGCUGGGAGCUUUACUGUCUGGAGCAUGGAAUCCAGCCCGAUGGACAGAUGCCCAGUGACAAAGCUAUUGGUGGGGGGGAUGAUUCCUUCAACACCUUCUUUAGUGAGACAGGAGCUGGCAAGCACGUGCCUAGGGCGGUGUUUGUGGACCUGGAGCCUACUGUCAUUGAUGAGGUGCGCACCGGGACCUACCGACAGCUGUUCCACCCUGAGCAACUGAUCACUGGCAAGGAAGAUGCUGCCAACAACUAUGCCCGUGGGCACUACACCAUCGGUAAAGAGAUCAUUGACCUGGUUCUGGACAGGAUCCGCAAACUGGCUGACCAGUGCACUGGUCUUCAAGGCUUCCUGGUGUUCCACAGCUUUGGUGGUGGCACCGGCUCUGGUUUCACCUCCCUGCUGAUGGAGCGUCUGUCUGUGGACUAUGGUAAAAAGUCCAAGCUGGAGUUCUCCAUCUACCCAGCCCCCCAGGUGUCCACUGCUGUGGUGGAGCCCUACAACUCCAUCCUGACCACCCACACCACUCUGGAGCACUCUGACUGUGCCUUCAUGGUGGACAACGAGGCCAUCUAUGACAUCUGCCGUAGGAACCUGGACAUCGAGCGCCCCACCUACACCAACCUGAACAGGCUGAUCAGCCAGAUAGUGUCUUCCAUCACUGCCUCUCUACGCUUUGAUGGUGCUCUCAAUGUAGAUCUGACUGAGUUUCAGACCAACUUGGUGCCAUAUCCCCGCAUCCACUUCCCUCUGGCCACCUACGCCCCCGUCAUCUCUGCAGAGAAAGCUUACCAUGAGCAGCUGUCAGUGGCUGAGAUCACCAACGCCUGCUUUGAGCCGGCCAAUCAGAUGGUGAAAUGUGAUCCCCGCCAUGGAAAGUACAUGGCCUGUUGUCUUUUGUAUCGUGGCGAUGUGGUGCCCAAAGAUGUGAACGCUGCCAUCGCCACUAUUAAAACCAAGCGCUCCAUCCAGUUUGUGGACUGGUGUCCCACCGGCUUUAAAGUCGGCAUCAACUACCAGCCGCCCACUGUAGUCCCCGGUGGAGACCUGGCCAAGGUCCAGAGGGCGGUGUGCAUGCUGAGCAACACCACUGCUAUUGCAGAGGCCUGGGCUCGGCUGGACCACAAGUUUGACCUGAUGUACGCUAAGCGCGCCUUUGUGCACUGGUAUGUGGGUGAAGGUAUGGAGGAGGGAGAGUUCUCUGAGGCCAGGGAGGACAUGGCAGCUCUGGAGAAAGAUUAUGAGGAGGUUGGAGUCGACUCCAUUGAGGGAGAAGGAGAGGAAGAAGGAGAAGAGUAUUAAAAGUGUUACCCAGUAAAGUCUUUCACAUUUUCCAAACUGUAUCUUCAUGUACCAAUCUGACUCUGCUCAGAUUUGUAACAUUGCAUGGAAGUUUGGAUCUUUAAAAAUAAAGAUGUUGUAACGUGA